UUUUUUUUUUUUUAUUUUGUAUAAAUUCUAAUUGUUGGAUUGUGUUUAUCACUUUAUUCUUUAAUAAUGUCAACAAAAACUUCAUAUUCUCAUCGUCAUCGUCGUAUCUUGAUUGGUUAUGACCAUACGCAAGUCUCUAAUAGUGCCAUGGAAUGGAUUAUCUCUAACCGCAUCGUAUUUCCUGAUGAUGAUAUCACAUUAUGUAUUAUCGUAAAUGAUGAUGCUAUUACUGUAGAAGGUGCUUUUGGUCUCGAGGCUUCUGUAGCUGGUUUAGCAGGUUGGAUGGCAGACGAUACAAUGGAUUACCGAGAACGUAUAUCUAAAUUGGAAAAGAACUCAAAAGAAGCACUAAGUACAGUGGUAGAAUGGUUUGCUAGUAAAGGAAUCAAAGUAAAUCCUGAAAUACUAAGUGGUGAGCCGGGAGAGACAUUAAAAGAUUAUGCAGAAGCAAAUCAGAUUGAUUUAGUGAUUGUGGGUAGUCGAGGAUUAGGCUUCUUUAAAAGGCAAUUGAUCGGAUCUGUAUCUGAUUACUUGAUGCAUCAUUUAAAAUGCUCUGUACUCGUAGUGAAAGAUGACCCAGAAAGAAAACAAUAAACUAGUGUUUGUCCUACUUUAGAUAAUCCAAUCAUUUCAGUAGAGUAAAUGUGUGUAUAUGUAACAUUCUAUUAUCAUCCUCUUUAUUCCAAAGAAACAAGUGUAACAUUUCUUAUUCUUAAUCUUAACAAAUCAUCAACGAGCUAAAUAAACGCGUCAAUUAACCUUUCAAUCAAGACGCGUUA